GAUCCAACUGUGGGGAAGAGUGCCUUAGCCCAGAUGUUCCGCAAUGAUGGGUCUCACUUUCAGAAGAACUACACGCUUACAACGGGCAUAGAACUGUUGGUGAAGGCUGUAUCCAUUCCAGAGACAAGUGAUAGUGUGGAAUUCUUCAUUUUUGACUCUGCAGGAAAAGAUCUAUUUUCUGAAAUGCUGGAGAAACUGUGGGAGCAACCCAACGUCCUGUGCCUUGUGUAUGACGUCACUAAUGAGCAAUCUUUCAACAACUGUGCCAAGUGGCUGGAAAAGCUGAGGGCUCAAGCAGUUGGAGUGCACGUCCCAGGUGUCUUAGUGGGGAAUAAAACAGAUCUGGUUGAUCGAAGAGUUGUAGAACAGAAACAAGCACAGGAGUGGGCUGAAAAACAUGGCCUGGACUACUGUGAGAUGUCAGUGAAGGAGAUGAAAAAUUUUGAGGCCCCUUUCCACAUCCUGGCAAAAUCAUUCCACCAACUGUACAAAGAGAAACUGGAAACUUUUCACUCACUAUCUUGAGGGCCGUGACUGGCAUGACUUACUUUAUCCUCUAAGCUUCUUGUAGUGCCCAGAAUCCUUGCAGGAUGAAAUACAGAGAGAAGAAAAAAGAUGAGCUGUUUGCUUCUUCAUGGUCAUCUUCUGGUAAUUCGAAAUAAACUUAGAAAUAAGCAAGUGGAAAGACA